AUCUUCUCAGCUACUGCCAAGUGUCCGCCUUAACCGCCGGCUGGGGGGACGAGGAGGUGAACAACCGGGAACAUUACAUCAACAGUAGGCCCUCCGGUGUUCUCGGUACAAACACGUCUAACGGACUUAACACGUUCACCUGCGUAAUGGAAGCGGACGAGUUUGUCCCCUCCUCGACCCUGGAAUCGCCGGCUGUUGAAAGGCGGGUCACGGGCACUAUAGCCGCGACGGGGUUUGGGAUUUUUGGCAACAGCGUCUUGGAUGCCACGGGGGGCUUUGUCGGGUCCUUUACGCCGAGAAUGACGGGGGAGCCGGAUUUUGUCUCCAUGUUGCACCGAGCAACUCCCGAGCCCUCGGCCUCCGUUGAGCCAGAAGUAGACUAUGAAGGACUGCCUCAAGGAGCAGCUAGCAGCACACAUAUGCUGGCUGGAGCUGUGGCUGGAAUCAUGGAGCACUGUCUUAUGUAUCCCGUCGACUGCGUCAAGACCCGUAUGCAGAGUUUGCACCCAGAGCUGGGGGCGCGCUACCGGAACGUGAUGGACGCCCUGCGGCAGAUCAUACGGACGGAGGGGCUGUGGCGCCCCAUCAGGGGGGUCAACGUGCUGGCCGUGGGGGCCGGACCUGCACACGCUCUUUACUUCGCUUGCUAUGAGAAAAUAAAGUUUUCACUCAGCGACGCAAUUCAUCCGGGCACGAACAGCCACUUUGCAAACGGUGUAGCAGGUUGUGCAGCUACUGUCCUACAUGAUGCCAUCAUGAACCCAGCUGAAGUUGUAAAGCAGCGGAUGCAGAUGUUCAACUCGCCCUACCGCGGCGUCCUGGACUGCAUGGGCUCUCUGCUGAGACAGGAGGGUCCGGCGGCCUUCUACCGCAGCUACACCACGCAGCUGACCAUGAACGUGCCGUUCCAGGCGCUGCACUUCAUGACUUACGAGUAUCUGCAGGAGCUGCUGAACCCCCACAGACAGUACAACCCGUCCUCGCACGUCGUGUCGGGUGCUCUCGCCGGCGCCCUGGCCGCCGCGGCAACCACUCCCCUCGACGUCUGUAAGACGCUCCUCAACACGCAGGAAGCUCAAGCCGUCCAUGUGAUCCAGGCUGGAGCGGCGGCAACGGCAGCGGCGGCCUCGGGUCCGGAGAGCCGCUACAUCUCCGGUCUGAGCGAGGCAUUCCGGACUGUGUACCGGACCGGAGGCGUGCCGGCGUUCUUUAAAGGUGUCCAGGCCAGAGUCAUCUACCAGAUGCCUUCCACCGCCAUCAGCUGGUCGGUCUAUGAGUUCUUCAAGUACAUCAUCACGAAGCGGCAGCACGAAAAGAGGCUGCGUGGCGAUCGGGACGGAGACAAAUGAACCAGAUCUGGUGUUGCUAAUAAAUUCUCAGCAUCACAUUCGGUUCACAAAAGAAGGCGGGUUAAGGUUCUUGGCGCAAAAAAGUCAACUUUAUUUUGUUUACAGAAAUAAUGUGUAGUUCAUAUGAAAAUCCAGGGAAGGCAAGUUGACCUUUACGGGCUCUGAGUUCAACUCGGCGCCUGGAGGAAGCAGGAAGUUGUGACUCCAGCUGUGUUUUAUUCUAGCGUUCAUCUUGAUGAGCAUCUCCUAACUGGCUUUUUAGGGGGGGAAAAAAAACAUCAUGCACAUGUAUAGGAUGUAAAAGGUGCAGCUAUUUUCUGACCACCAGAGGGUGCAGUGUUGCACAGAUGCAACAGAAAGGACCUAUGAAAACACAGAAGCUUUAGGAGAUCAUUUGAGUUUGCCCCGUUUUUGCACAUUUCCGAAUGUUAUUAGCAGGUGACUGGAAGUCAAACUGUUCAGAGCAAAGAAAUAAAGAAAUGACAACAAGGAAAACAUCAGAAGACAUCAGUGUGGAGCCAACAGAGAGAAAUUAUCACUGGCAAAAGGCAUGGGCCAGCGAGAGACGCUUGGUUUCAUGGUAUCACGGUUUUAACAGACAUGAUAUAAAUACUUAGUCCUGAUGAAAUAAUAUAAUUUGGUAAAUUUAUAAUACAUUUAUUAGGGCUGAAACGAUUCAAAUCAGUAAAGUAUUCACUCAAAAACAAAACCAUUUUCUUAAAGAUUUACACUGUCGGAGCAGUAAUUAAGCCAAAGCUGUAAAAAAAAAGACAUUUUGCAUUUAAUAUGUAAACAAAUCAUUUUUUUGUUUGUAAAAUAAUAUAUAAUAAUUUAUUUCUUCUACAGUCUAUAUAGUUAUACCUAAUAUCUCUAUGCUGAGAUUGAAAUUGAAGUCAAAAUUCUUGUUCGGGGAACAAUUUUAGACUUUACACCUGAUUCUGAAAAAAUGUUGGUAAGUUAGCAUUACCAAAAAAGAGAAAACAACAAAAUAUUACUUUACAAACCAAUAAAUUACUUUUUAAAAAAAAAAAAACAGAAAUUGACCUGAAACUUGUUACUGGUUGAUUUGAAGUCCUUCUUUUCUGGAUAUUUAGUGAAUUAUUUCAUCCAAAAAAACUGAAAAGCUGCAUUUGUUGUUGUAUUUUUAUUUAAAUACAUUAAUUGGGGUUAAGAGCCACUGUGAAACGCGCAGAGGGCCACUUCUGGGUCUGGAGCCGUAAGCUGCAGAUCCCUGGUUUAAACCAUGAUGCUGUUUAAUCUUUUGGGUUUGAUAUUUGUCGAUACGCUGGCCCAUUCUUACCUGUCUUUGAAAAAUGUUCUCUCUGUCUUCAGGAUCCAUUCGGUCAGGUGUAUUGCAUUCUUCCUAAGUGAAUUUUAAACACUUUUUUUAUGUAUAUCCCACAAAAAAGGUGAUGAGAGUCUUUAUUUUUGUCAGUAUUUUGUACUUACACUACAGUAGCACUUACAGGCAGAUAUUUUAUUUGACUUAGUACAGACGCUCCGAUAACAAAACCGCUCACAGGACCAGGAAAUUACUGAUACACGCCUUCAGCUAGCCGCAAUACAGCCAACGCACAACUAAACAUGUUCUUGUUUUGAAGCCAUAAACUGGAGAUAAGAUGUAGAAAAGUAUUUAAAGAUAUUUCAAUCUCCCCGAAACUCUUAUUUUGAAGAGAAAUCUAAAUUUGUACGAUGUGCUGUAAAUAUUCAGAGCUUUGCACCUUGAAAGAAAGCCUGUAUGUGUGGUGAGCCGAGUUUUAAAUCCUGGAAAGCCAAAGACUGAGAGCUAGUAAAGGACAGGAAGUAGUUUGACGGUUGAACUUACUAUGAAAUGCUUGAACAGUGUUUGAAAGAGACACCUGCUUUUUGUGAAUUGUAAAUAAACGUGCUAAAGGCAGCUCCUCGCAGAAGCAGGGUCUUCUCUUGGUGCUGGCUGGCCAAGCGCUGAGAGACCAGAAA